UUCAGAAUAAUUUCCGGAUACAAUUUCUAUUUGUUAGCGUCAUUACUUGGGUCAUUUAUCUGAUUAUACAUCGAGAAUGGGACGCCGAAAGUCAAAGAGGAAGCCACCUCCCAAAAAGAAACUGACGGGUAACUUGGACACCCAAUUCACCUGUCCCUUUUGUAACCACGAGAAGUCCUGUGAUGUCAAAAUGGAACGCACUCGAAACACAGGAAUAAUAUCGUGCACCGUCUGCUUGGAAGAAUUCCAGACCCCCAUUACUUAUCUUUCAGAACCAGUGGACGUUUACAGUGAUUGGAUAGAUGCUUGCGAAGCAGCCAAUCAGUAGCAGUGGUCCCCCUGACUCUAUUCCUGUCUGACCUCACCCCUCAUUCCCUACGAUGGGUCACAUAUCUCUGGCUGGGCCAGGGCUUUGUCAAGUAGUGAAUGUGGAGAACAAACAAAGACAGAUAACACAUCUGUGAAAUCUUCAGUGUCUACACACUAAUGGAUUUGAUAUGAAGAAAGAUAUACUUCCUGUUCUCCCUCUGUGGCAGGGUGGGAUGGGGGUAGGGCAAUGAAAUGUCCCAAUGGUCCUGAUCUUUGAGAAUACCACUAAGUUUCAAACCACCUCAUCAUUUGUUAUGUUUUACAGGCAAGCCUGUUGGUGGAUAUGUCUUUAGACUUUCCCAAGCUGCCAUGUCCCCCUUUUAAUGGAGCAAGUAGAUUUCAUUAGUAAAAAUUUAAAAGGGGUGAUUCUGUAGUUUUUUUGUUUGAUGUCAUGAUUUUUAUUUCAAUGUUUUUUUUGUAUGGGAAUGACUUGAACAAUAAACACAUCAAUGUAAUUCACACCUAACUGCAUCUGUCACAUACCGCUGAAAUGGUUAAAAUAUCUAGGAACAAAUAUGAAUGAAAAAUAAUCCGAUAUGGCCUGGUGGCAAGUUUUGCACUCACAACCCAAAUUAAAUUAUUGUAAUUCUGAUGUGAUUUAUUGUAUUGCAGCUAAUUUCAUUGUAAGUGAAAGCCAAAUAAAUACAAGAUUUUCAGAAUACUGAACAAUUGAUAGUCUGAACAACAUUGACACACAUUUUAGACCAGAGGGUAAUAUUGCCAAUUGUAUUUUGGCUAGGCACUGUUGGCUCUCAUUCUAAACUAAAAAUAUUUUCUUAAUGCACAACUGACUUCAUAUAUAUCUAUUGGACAUGUGACAAUACAGAAUAAGUUAGGUGCUUUAAUAAAAGACACCUCUUGUGGCGCAAAUUACUUUUACCUUAAA